AACUCCGCAGCUCCCAGCCGUUUGAACUGGAGCUGGAACCGGGACGUGUCUUGGGCGCUUCCCGGGCGCGGUGUGGCAGGAGAAACGGAGCCUAGGUAAGGGACUGGCGCCUGGGAGGACGUCCAAGUCCGAGAGAAAACCUGGCGAGAGGAGGGAAGAGCCCCUGAGGGUAAUAAUCACCAAAAGUGCAAGAAACCUGGAUUCCUUCUAGGAGAACUGUCGGAUGCUUGGAUCAGGACCAGCGCUCCCUAGCGCUCUUCCCGCAGCAUUAAUCCUCGCUGCCCGGAAUAUUCGCCAAGUUCCAGGACCUCGGCAACCCCCAAGCACCUGGCCUUCUGCACCACAACCCCACCAGGCCCUGACCCCGACGGUGUCCCGGAGUGGGCGGGACUUCUUUCGGGCUUUCAGCCGUCGCAGCCAUCACCAUGGAGAUCGUCUACGUGUACGUCAAGAAGCGCAGCGAGUUUGGGAAACAGUGCAACUUCUCAGACCGCCAGGCUGAGCUGAAUAUCGACAUCUCGCCCAACCCUGAGCUGUCCUCCCUGUAUGUGGAGCGGAACCCAGUGGACACAGGCAUCCAGUGCUCGACCAGUAUGUCAGAACACGAGGCCAACACGGAGCGGUUUGAGAUGGAGAGCUGUGGGGUUAACCACAUUGAGGGGGGCUGGCCCAAGGAUGUGAACCCCCUGGAGCUGGAGCAGACCAUCCGCUUCCGGAAGAAAGUGGAGAAAGAUGAGAAUUACAUCAAUACCGUCAUGCAGCUGGGCUCGAUCAUGGAGCACUGCAUCAAACAGAACAACGCCAUUGAUAUAUACGAGGAAUACUUUGAUGACGAGGAUGGCGUGGAGGUGACCGAAGAGGCCCCUUCAGCCAAGACCAUCAACGUCUUCAGGGACCCUCAGGAGAUCAAGCGGACAGCCACCCACCUCUCCUGGCACCCUGAUGGCAACAGGAAGCUGGCGGUGGCUUAUUCCUGCUUGAACUUCCAGCGAGCCCCCAUGGGCAUGAGCUACGAAUCGUACAUCUGGGACCUGGAAAACCCCAACAGACCUGAAAUUGCCCUGAAGCCAUCUUCUCCUCUCAUCACCCUGGAGUACAACCCCAAGGAUUCCCACGUGCUCCUAGGGGGCUGUUACAAUGGGCAGAUAGCCUGCUGGGACACCCGGAAGGGCAGCCUGGUGGCAGAGCUGUCCACCAUCGAGUUCAGCCACCGAGACCCAGUGUAUGGCACCAUCUGGUUGCAGUCAAAGACAGGCACUGAGUGCUUUUCAGCAUCCACGGAUGGGCAGGUCAUGUGGUGGGACAUUCGCAAGAUCAGCGAGCCCACCGAGGUGGUCAUCAUGGACAUCUCCAGAAAGGAACAGCUGGAGAACGCCCUGGGCGCAAUCUCCUUGGAGUUCGAGUCUACUUUGCCAACCAAGUUCAUGGUGGGCACGGAGCAGGGCAUCGUUAUCUCCUGCAACCGCAAGGCCAAGACAUCAGCUGAGAAGAUCGUCUGUACCUUCUCAGGCCACCACGGCCCCAUCUAUGCCCUCCAGAGAAACCCCUUCUACCCGAAGAACUUCCUGACGGUUGGUGACUGGACAGCCCGCAUCUGGUCUGAGGACAGUAGGGAGUCAUCUAUCAUGUGGACCAGGUACCACAUGUCUUACCUCUCCGAUGGAGCCUGGAGCCCCGUGAGACCAGCAGUUUUCUUCACCACCAAGAUGGAUGGGACCCUGGACAUCUGGGACUUGGUGUUCAAGCAGUGUGACCCUGCCCUCAGCCUGAAGGUGUGUGAUGAGGCCCUCUUCUGCCUCCGGGUUCAGGACACCGGCUGUCUCAUCGCCUGUGGCUCCCAGCUUGGAACGACCACUCUGCUGGAGGUCUCCAGCAGUCUCUCCACCCUGCAGAGGAAUGAGAAGAACAUAGCAUCUUCCAUGUUUGAACGUGAGACCCGGCGGGAAAAGAUCCUGGAGGCCAGGCACCGCGAGAUGCGGCUGAAGGAGAAAGGCAAGGCAGAGGGCAAAGAUGACGACCAGAGGGAUGAGGAGGCGGCCCUGAACCUUGAAGAGCUAGUCACCAAAGCCGAGCAGGAGUUCUUCGAUGUCAUCUUCUCAGAGCUGAAGAAGAAGGAGGCAGAGGCUCUGAAGAAGAAACCAAAGCCUAAAAAGGCAAGUGUAGAGACAGACGGUGGAGAGGAAAUGUUGGGAGAAGUUAUCGGAGAGGAAGAAGACACGGGUGAAGACGUGGGGGGUGAAGAGAGAGAAGAUGUGUCCACCUAGGGCAGCGUCUGCCCACGGCGCUGUCCCUUUGUGUCCCUUGCUGGCCGCCGCCUUGAUGCCACCCCUUCUGACAAGUGGAAGCUGAGUUUCCUUCUUGGACAAUUUUUGGUGGGGAGAUCAAGGACAAAUCACUAGCCCCCACCCGGGCCGAGCCCCAAGUGUGUGCCUUUCUCUGGGGGGAAGGGAUAGGACUUAUCCCUGCGAUAGCUCCCCCAGCCUCAGCCACUCUGUGGCUCUCUCUGGCUCAGGACACAUGGGACCUUCAGUUAGACUCCAUUCUGCCCAUCACAGGAUCUCCGAUCAGUAGUUACCAAUGCCUUUCUCUAGAAACUCCCAGAGCUCAGCUGAGCUUGCCCCAUGGUACAGGGGCCUCCGGAACACCUACAGAGGGGCAAGUUUCUUUUGCCUUCUCCGCCCCCUCACCUACUUUGUAACAGGAACAAAAGUCUUGUCCUCCUCUCCAGUGCCUUCCAAGCAACCCCAAGGGGUAUCUUGGCAUGCAGCCACGUGAGGGCGGUCUACGAGAGAGUAGGUAGGGUGAUCCUGGCUCUCCUUGUCCAUGCAUAUUUUUUAUUGUUAUGCAUCUUAUGCAAAUUAAAUCAGUGAUAACAGCA